AUGCCGACGCCGGCGGACAAGAAGAAGAUCGUCAAGAAGCGCACAAAGAAGUUCACCCGUUUCCAGGCUGACCGCUUCAAGCGCAUGAACCCAGCCUGGCGCAAGCCUAGAGGUAUCGAUGGUCGGGUGCGCAGACGAUUCAAGGGCUCCACUCUCAUGCCAAAGAUUGGUUAUGGCUCCGACAAGAAGACCCGGUUUCGCCUCAAGAAUGGCUUCUACAAGUUCGUUGUGCGAUGCCCGGCGGACCUAGAGAUGCUUCUCAUGCACAAUGAGAAGUACUGCGUCGAAGUCGCCCACAACAUUGGCGCCAAGAAGCGCAAGGAGAUUGUGGAGCGGGCUGACCAGCUUCGCUUGCACGACCGGGCCGAGCUGAGAAGGGACACUGAGAGCAGCUUUGAUGGUCGUGGUGCAAUGGAGAAUCUGUGCUUAGAAGGAUUUGAGGUUGCCAUUGUAGUCUUGAUGCUGCACAGUCCCACGAAUGAGCUUCGGGAACUCUACAAGCAGCAGUCGCGGGGUGCUGGUGCCAAUGCUCCGAAACCUCCACUCUCAGCAGUCACGACAACGAAGUCCUCGUACCCUGCAUAUGAUGCCCAAGCUUCCAAUGCAGUGCUUAGCAAGACCCAGCGGCCCCAUGAGGUGGUGCAUGUGGAUCCCUCGGCCAAGUUCCUGGAAAGCUCUUCGGUUCUUCAUCGGGACUUCCGACGCUUUGAUCAGAAGCAGAUGUCAGCGCCUCAGCGCCUCAAUCAAGAAACGAAUCGAGAAAAGCACUUCCUUAGCGGAAGUAAGGAGUAG